AUGAAAUUCCUAUCUUUAUUUGUCUUGACACAAAUCGUUAGCUCUCUCGCUCAAAGUAAAUUGUCUAUAAAAGAAAAUUUGGAACGUUUGGAGAAUUGUGGAAAGGAGAAUCCAUUCCAACCAACGGAUACAACAUGGUUAUGGUUGGCUGCUUCAACUGACACCUCUAAACAAUUCUUAUCAACAGCCAGUAUGAUUUCCAACCGUCACUUUUUACUUUCCGCAUACGUUUUGAUAGAUGAAAAAAUGAAUUGGAGAAUAAACGGAGAUUCUUUAACGGAACAUUGUAUUGAUGGAACCGAAAACUCCAGGAUCCCAGACGACUUCGUCAAACAUAUAGUAUUCCGACCUCCAGAGUGCUAUAAGAUCUCCAACACGAAAUGUGAUUCUAUAAAAGUCUCACCAACAAAAGGAUACGUUCUAAAAGCUUGCAGUACUUCAAUUAGAUCCCCACUCUACUUCGAACAACGAUACACUCAAAUGAUAGUGGAAUUCGAAAUCCUUGAUAAAAUUAAUCACACUUACAAUUAUCCAUGUUUAGUAAAUCCGAGAGACCAUAAUGCUGUGGACGGUUGGGCGACAAAAUACGCGUUCAAUUCUGAAAAUGAACCAAUGAUUUUUAGAGAAGAGCCAUGUGUGAUUCAAGGGUUUGGAAGUUUUUUUCCUUGUGGACCUCAUUAUGAUAAGGAUGUGCAGGGAAGUGUGUUGAUAAAGCAAUUAAAUGUAACAAAAUGGACCAUAGUGGGCAUGGGAUCGACAGGUUACUACCGUCCGGACACCAAACAAAGCAUUCUACUAAGCAUGGAAUACUUUUAUAGGGAUAUUUGCUCGGCUGCUGGAGUCUGCUCAUUUGAGGAUACACCGAGUAUUCCGGAAACAACCACGACUUCAGAAUCCACAAAUUCUGAAUCUCAGACAUCAUUAACGCCUUCUGAAUCCACUCCAACUAGUUUCUGGACUUCCGAAUCUUCAACUUCCAGUUCAACCUUACCUUUCACGUCAUCUGAGCAUUCGACGCCUCCUCCAGAAGAUCCUCCAGAAGAUCCUCCAGAAGAAUCCAACGCACAGAAAACCGAAGAUAUAUUUUUCUACUUGUAUCGACAAGUGGAGUCCAGGAAGGAAUCUCAUUAUAGGAAUAGUUCUGAAAAUCAGAAAUUCUGGAUUCUGUUAAUGAUUUAUUUUUGGUUUUCUUGUUGA